GCAAGCAGGCUCUUCUGAACCCGCAAUUGCCCCUAAACAAUAUUUCGGUUACGCAGACAGUAACGGUACCUCCUUCUCAAAACUCCUCGGAAAAAAAUUCGAAAAACAUGGCCGCUACAGCUGCUCCCGAGAAAGUCUCUCUCGCCAUUCCCACUGAGACCCAAAUUCCUGCGCAACGCGUCGCUCCCACGAAGGCAGCCGAUGUGACCGCCGCUGCUGCUGCUGCUGAGCCUGGUACUGCCAAUGCUUUCCCGCAACCCGCCUCUCUUGCCCAACUCCCCAAUGGCGCAGCUCCGUCCGACCUCGAACGUCCUACACCUGCCACAGCCAGUCUGUAUGUGGGCGAUCUAGAUGCGUCUGUCACGGAAGCACAGCUGUUCGAGGCGUUCAAUGCAAUCGGUCCCGUCACCUCCAUUCGCGUCUGCCGUGAUGCUGUGACUCGCCGUUCCCUGGGCUACGCGUACGUCAACUUCCAUGAGGUUGCGGACGCGGAACGGGCUUUGGAGGCGUUGAACUAUGCUCCUAUCAAGGACCGCCCUAUGCGCCUCAUGUGGUCCCAAAGGGAUCCAGCGUCACGCAGAUCAGGCGCCGGAAACAUAUUUAUCUCGAACUUGGACCCGUUGAUUGAUACCCGUGCGCUUCACGAAGUGUUUACCACUUUUGGACCGAUCUUGAGCUGCAAGGUUGCCAUGGACGGUGAAAAGUCGCGCGGCUACGGAUUUGUGCACUUUGAGGAAUCCGAGUCGGCCGAUGAAGCUAUCAGAAACCUCAAUGGAAUGCUGCUCAACGAACGUAAAGUCUUUGUGGGAUAUCACAUCCCGAAGAAGGAACGCCUGAACAGACUUGAAGAGCAGCGGGCGAAAUUUACCAACCUAUACGUGAAGGGCCUCACCGACUCGAUCACCGACGAGGAAUUUGAGCAACUGUUUGCAAAAUUCGGGAAGAUUACGUCUUCAUCGGUAGCUCGUGAGCCAGACGGCAAAGGUCGUGGAUUUGGGUUCGUCAACUUCUCUACGCACGAGGAAGCCAGCGCGGCAGUCGAAGAGAUGCACGAGAAAGAGGUCAACGGCCAGCAGCUUUACGUCAACCGUGCUCAGAAAAAGUUCGAACGCGAAGAGGAGCUACGUCGCAAGUUUGAUCGCGCUCGCGAAGAAAGAAUGAUCAAAUAUCAAGGCGUCAACCUCUAUGUGAAGAACCUCGAUGACAGUAUCGAUGAUGAGGGCCUCCGCCAAUUAUUCGCCGAAUGCGGAACCAUUACCUCGACAAAGGUCAUGCGAGACGAAAAGACCGGCGCCCCCCGCGGAUUCGGCUUUGUUUGCUUCUCCUCUCCAGAAGAAGCGACAAAGGCUGUUACAGAGAUGAACGCCCGCAUCGUUUGCUCCAAACCCAUUUACGUCGCUCUUGCCCAACGCAAGGAGGUCCGUCGUCAGCAUAUCGAUGCGCAAAUGCUGCAACGAACACAAAUGCGCAUGCAGCAAACCAUGGGAAUGGGUGGCACGUAUCCCGGCUCGUUCUAUCCACCGCAUGGCAUGGUUCAUCCGUCGCGAGCAGGGGUGGUAUACCCUCCUCCACCCAUGGCUUCGCGUCGGUGGGCUGGUCCUGGCUCGGAAGGUCCCGCACAACCGGGUCAAGCCCAAAUCCCUGUUGGCGCUUACGCUGCGGUGCAACCUGGCCCGCUUCCCGUGCAAUUUGCUCCGCAAAUUGGCGCCCGACCUCGUCAGCAACAGCAGCGAGGUCCCCCUGGGACACGGCCUAACCUCAUGACAUCCCAAUCAUUUCAGUAUACCCGACAAGCUUACCCCAACGGCGUUCCCCAAGGUCAGCCUGGCAUGGCAUACAUGCAGCCUGGGCGUGGACCUCGCACAGGCCCGUACAGAUACAACGGCCCUCAUCCGCGCAACGGACCCGUAAGCGCUCAAAGCACCCCUAACGGAGCUGCUCCCGCUAAGACACCGCUAACAAGUGCGGUCCUUGCUGAAAUGUCGCCAGACCAGCAAAAGCGCACACUCGGUGAAAACUUGUUCCCACUGAUAAACGACAUGACGGUCCAUGCCGGGAAAGUCACGGGCAUGCUGUUGGAGAUGGAUCAGAGUGAGCUGCUGCAUCUGCUUGAGGAUACAACGGCUCUGAAGGUCAAGGUCGAUGAGGCCGUCGCUGUGCUUGAGCAGCAUCAGCACAAGCCUGAGGAGGGCGUCGAGGCGGGAGAGAAGUGAGCCUUCUGUCCAUGUUUUAUAGAUCAUCCGACCCGACUCCCCUACCUCCUUGAGAGGCUCAUUGUCCUCCUCCGUUCAUGUAGGAAACUAGGUUGAUGUUAUUUGCAAGGUGUAUUUCUCGCUUGUAUAUAUACUAACAAUAUGAAGUGCGAGUGAUGACUGUGGUAUACGUGAUGGAAGGCGCGAAAUUGUGGCGUGGCUG